UGGUCACACUCGGCUCGUCUCACUUUUUCGUAAAACAUCGUUGAAGAAUGACUAAUUUGCCAGUUUUAAGUAUUUACUCAAUGCCUAGCUAAUUACACAUCGCAAACAAACACACAGAAGUUCAGUUCAAGUUGGAGACGCGAGCGGCGAAAUAGCGAAGCAGCCAAGAUGAAGAGGCAGUUUGCGAAAAUCAAAAUAGCAGCCGAGAAUCUGUCAAGAUCCACCAAAUCGGACUGCAAGGACUCCGAGCUGGAGACGAUCGAGCGGCAGGUGGACAGAUAUCGGGACACCAUCGAGAAGAUCGUCCGCAAGCUGCCGGCGCUGAGCGGCGGCGGCGGCAGCGGCAGCGGGAGCACCGAGGAGCAGGACAAGCGGACCAAGAAGAACAGUCACUACAAAAUCGCCCAGGCGCUGGACGAGUCCGCCAAGGAGCUGCCCAAGGACAUGCCGCUGCAGAAGGUCCUCGCCAAUUGCGGCGAGCUGGAGAAGACGAUGGCCGAGUGCAUUAUCGAGAGCGAACUGGAGACGGAGACCAAGGUGGUGCGGCGGCUGAAGAACAUCUUGGACAAGGAGAUCCAGGAGAUCUCGACGCUCAAGCGCAACGUAUCGCGCACUCUGCAGGAGUACACCUCGCUGAAGCGCAGUCAUGAGGCGGCUAUCCGGCUGGAAGAGCCAGCGGCCAAGGUGAACCACAUCAAGAGCCAGCAGGAGGAGUGCGAGCUGAAGCUGGAGAAGGAGCGGGAUGCCUGGGCGGCCCAGAUGCUGGAGCUGAUUGCCAAAGAGGACGAGAUCGUUAGCUGCAUCCGCGACUAUGUGCUCAACCAAAGAAACUAUCACGAGCGGGCGCUGCAGCACGUGAACGCCUCGCUGGCCCGCAUACAGGACACCAUCCAGGGCACGGAGAAGUCUCGCUUUGGCACCUCGUUAAAGGAGCACCUGACAUCAACGAACCGCGAGAUCUCUUACAUCGUGGAGCUCUGCUGUUGCUGCCUGCUGGAGCACGGUCUCGAGGAGGAGGGUCUGCUGCGCGUGGGCUGCGCCAGCACCAAACUGCGCCGGAUGAAGCACGCCCUGGAGGCGCAGCACGUUAAGACACCGCUGCCGCUGGACUACCAGGAUCCCCAUGUCAUUGGCUCCAUACUUAAGCUCUACUUGCGCGAGUUGCCCGAGCCCUUGCUCACCUACGGCCUGUACAAGGACUUCAUACGGAUCGCCGAGAGGCACAGCGAAGCGGAGCGUAAGACAGAGAUCAAGGCCAGCCUGAGCAAGCUGCCCAAGGAGAACUACGCAAACCUUCGAUACCUCACCCGCUUUCUGGCCAUCGUGCAGCAGCGUUCGGCGCUGAACAAGAUGAGCUCGCAGAAUCUGGCCAUCGUAAUGUCGCCCAAUAUGCUGUGGCCUCGGAUCGACAAGAGCAGCAAUGCCCCGGCUGAUUAUAUUGGUCAGGUGAACAGCUCAUCUGCGGCCAAUAUCAUCGUUGAGCUGCUAAUCAGUCAGUGGGACUACUUCUUCACCGGCGAAGUCGAGUUCUAUUUGACGCUGCAGAAGCAAAAGCUUUUCGUCGAGGGCAAGAGCAAAUCGAACUCCUCCAACGAGAACCUGGAUAGGAACGAUAGUGAAGUCAUGGAGAGUCCACGCUACGGAACAUUGCGCAGGCAGAAGGCUAAUGCUCCUUCGCCGCCUACCACCAACGGAAACGGCACUAUUAUGACCACAUCACAGACCUCGCACCGGCCGCAUGCGAAGGAGCUGUUUCCCCAGCAGACGCCAGACAAGCAGGAGAAGCCCGCCAAGCCGCCGCUACCAAAUCUGCCGCAGUUUCAAUCGCCAGCCGCUGGCCAGACAACGCUUACGCAGCUGGAACCACUGCCCCCGCCUCCAGUAACGCCAGCCAAGCCAGUUCCGAUGACGCGGACGCAGUUCUUCGGGCUGGACAACCUGCCCUCUCCAACGGCCGAUCGCAAGAGCACCGAUAGCAUUGGUAGCUUUAAAUUAAAGCCAGAUGUGCCGCAGAAGCCUUUGCUGCCCAAGCGGCCCACUGUGCUGGGCGUCGGAGGGCCCAAGGUGGAUGGAAAGAGCGACGACGAGGGCGGCGCAACUCCCACUCAGGCGACAAUUGAUAAUGGCAACGGGAGUGUGCGAUUUAAAACGGAACACUUCCUGGAAAAGCUUCGUCAGGAGAACACAACUGAAACGAACGGAACGCGGGAGGAGCCGCCAGCGGCCAAGGAAAGCAAUCACAACCACGACCAGCCUCCGACGGCUGCAGAGCAAAAUCAGCAGCAGGCGCAGCAGCCCCAAGCCACGACACCUAUUUCCCCGAACUCAUUUCAAACGCCCAAGAGGCCAACGGUGCCAGCGCCGCCACCUCCCACAAAUUGGAAGCCCGCGGAAUAAAGGAAAUAUAUGCAGCCGUGCAGUGGGAACGGAAUCAGAGUCAUUAGGUGUUACUGUUUACUCGUUAAGACUUGAACGCACAGUAAUAUAUAUAUCUAUAUUUAUAUAUUUGAAAUGAUCCUUGCGGCAAGGAGACUUUGUGCAUUAUAGAGAGAAGAGUCUCUGCGUAUUCUGCAUUUGUAUUUUUGCCUUGUUCAUAAGCAAUCUAAUUUGUACGUGUUUAGCCAUAUAACAAUAUCAAGCGAUAUCCAUUUACGUAUGCGUAUAUAUAGUCUGUAGUAGGCCACCAUAACUCAAUUGUCGAAAUUUGAUUUGUUAGCCCAAGCGAGCUCUCAAUUGUUAAUCCUUGUUUGAAAGGUUGUGAUACAUCAGAAAGGUUUUGUGUUUCCUUAAUUUUUUGCAUUGCUCCCGAGUCAAUUUUGUUUCCUUUUCCAACGAAAGACAUUGUGAUUUCCUUUUAUUAAAAUUAUGAUUUCGAUUAAAGCAUGAUUGCUAUUGCUCCAUUCUGAAUUCGGGCUAGUACAGAACUAAUUCCAAUGUAUUCAUUUGAUUUAUUCAAAUCAACAAGUACAUUUUGCAUGAAUUAUCAUUUCGAUGUAUGAUGUACUAUAUUUUGUAUUUUUGCUUUAUUAAUUUGUAAUGCAACUAUUAUUAUUUUUAUUUUAUAAUAAAAUUAUGUAUGAUGAACUGUUGUGUAUAUAAAAUAUACAUUAAAAAAGAUGAAUAUGAUUUUACCAGAAAAGUA